UCACUUCCUGCCUUGUGAUCACACACCCGGGGUUGACAAAGUUGUUCUGCAGAUCAGAAAGAAGGGGGGUUUCUGGUCACAUACCAGUACCACUGAGAACAGUUUUGCUACCAGAUCUGUUGCCUAAAGCAAUAAAAAAAUGGCCAGAGGAUCAGUACCUGAUGAAGAAAUGAUGGAGCUCAGAGAAGCUUUUGCCAAAGUUGACUCUGACGGCAAUGGGUACAUCAGCUGCAAUGAGCUGAACGAUUUGUUCAAGGCUGCCCACUUCCCUCUGCCUGGGUACAGAGUGAGAGAAAUUGUACAAAACCUGAUGGCUGCAGGCGACCUGGACCAGGAUGGGAAGAUCAGCUUUGAUGAGUUCAUCAAGGUUUUUCAUGGCCUGAAAAGCACAGAUGUUGCCAAGACCUUUAGAAAAGCAAUCAAUAAGAAGGAAGGGAUUUGUGCGAUCGGGGGCACUUCAGAGCAAUCGAGUGUUGGGACCCAACACUCCUAUUCAGAGGAAGAGAAGUAUGCCUUUGUCAACUGGAUAAACAAAGCCCUGGAAAAUGACCCUGAUUGUCGGCAUGUCAUCCCAAUGAAUCCAAACACCAAUGAUCUCUUCAGUGCUGUUGGAGAUGGCAUUGUGCUUUGUAAAAUGAUCAACCUGUCAGUGCCGGACACAAUUGAUGAAAGAACAAUCAACAAAAAGAAACUCACCCCUUUCACCAUUCAGGAGAAUCUGAACCUGGCUCUGAACUCUGCCUCAGCCAUCGGCUGCCAAGUGGUUAAUAUCGGGGCUGAGGACUUAAAGGAGGGGAAGCCUUACCUGGUCCUGGGACUGCUGUGGCAGGUCAUCAAGAUUGGGUUAUUUGCGGACAUCGAACUCAGCAGAAACGAAGCACUGGCUGCUCUUUUGAGAGAAGGGGAGAGUCUGGAGGAUUUGAUGAAACUCUCCCCCGAGGAACUCCUGCUGAGAUGGGCUAAUUACCACCUGGAAAACUCAGGCUGCAGCAAAAUCAACAACUUCAGCAGUGACAUCAAGGACUCAAAAGCUUAUUACCACCUGCUUGAACAGGUGGCUCCAAAAGGAGAUGAAGAAGGUAUUCCUGCUGUUGUUAUUGACAUGUCAGGACUGAGGGAGAAGGAUGACAUCCAGAGGGCAGAAUGCAUGUUGCAGCAGGCGGAGAGGCUGGGCUGCCGGCAGUUUGUCACAGCUACAGAUGUUGUCCGAGGGAACCCCAAGUUGAACUUGGCUUUUAUUGCCAACCUCUUUAACAGAUACCCUGCCCUGCACAAACCAGAGAACCAGGACAUCGACUGGGGGGCUCUUGAAGGUGAGACAAGAGAAGAACGGACAUUUAGGAACUGGAUGAACUCCUUGGGUGUAAACCCUCGAGUCAAUCAUUUGUACGGUGACUUAUCAGAUGCCCUGGUCAUCUUCCAGCUCUAUGAAAAGAUUAAAGUCCCUGUUGAUUGGAACAGAGUAAACAAACCACCAUACCCCAAACUGGGGGGCAAUAUGAAGAAGCUUGAGAACUGUAACUAUGCAGUGGAACUGGGGAAGAAUCAAGCGAAAUUUUCCCUGGUUGGCAUUGCUGGACAAGAUCUCAAUGAAGGAAACCGCACCCUGACAUUGGCCUUGGUCUGGCAGUUAAUGAGAAGGUACACACUGAAUAUUCUUGAAGAACUUGGAGGUGGGCAGAAGGUCAACGAUGACACUAUUGUCAACUGGGUGAAUGAAACAUUGAAGGAAGCGGAGAAAAGUUCACGCAUCUCUAGUUUCAAGGACCCAAAGAUUAGUACAAGUCUGCCCGUCCUGGAUCUCAUUGAUGCCAUUCAACCAGGUUCCAUUAACUAUGACCUCCUGAAGACAGAAAACCUGAACGACGAAGAGAAACUCAACAAUGCAAAGUAUGCCAUCUCUAUGGCCCGAAAAAUUGGAGCAAGAGUAUAUGCCCUUCCAGAAGACUUGGUUGAAGUGAACCCCAAGAUGGUCAUGACAGUGUUUGCUUGCCUCAUGGGGAAAGGAAUGAAGAGGGUGUAAGGCCCAGCGGGCAGGACUGGAGGCGCGCAUGCGUUUCUGACUGCUCGCUCCCAGGAGACACGGGGACAAGUCAGACCAUUCCAAAGUUUUCAACUUGGUGACAUUAUACAAGGUUCCACAAAAAAUGUGUAUCCGUUCAGCCAAGUAGCCUUCGUGUAUUUAACAAAAAGUGCUUUAUUCUUUGCAAAAGACCCAGGCUCUUACAAAUUUUUUUUUAUCAUUGAAUUGAUUGCUUUGCAAAUCUAGAGACAAAAAGAACUGAUUU